AUUUUCCACGACUGGAAGUCGUUGGGCACAUUUGCGGUGCUUCGCAUUGUGUUUUUCGAAUUCCGGUUCAUCGAGGCGGUCCGGUUAAAUGGAAGUUUUGUUCCGACGGACAGAAAUCCGUGGAGAAGUGCUCAGCGUUGUCAGAUUUACGGUGGCGAUCAAAACUUUAAAUCAAUUUCAGUGGAAUUUGGAGUGGUUAACGCAGAAUUUUACUGUGAAAAUAUUGGCAUUCUAGUUCCACAGUUAGUUUAAUUUACAAGCUGAAUGGCACUAAUUAAAUUACGCAAUUUUAAAACCAAUGCACACGAGAUCAACAAUUUUCCAAAGUGAUAUGAAUGGAUAAAAAAAUUUGACGAGAAAUUUGUUUUCAAGUUACAUUUGCAAGAAGAAGAAAAAUAAUCCGGAAAACAGUGAUAUAUGAUCAGCGAAACAGGCCAUUGCGGCAAAGUUCAGUGGAAUAACAGCAGCAGAAGCCGUAGCCGCCAGCAGCACCGCCGCCAUCGUUGCCGUCGCGAGGAGCAGGAACAGCAAGAACCUCGGAUAGGUUUAUCCAGGACCGUUAUUGGCUGGCCCAUCUCCGCGUCUGUCGACAGUUGCCAUCUAAGAGUUUGCGGUUGCAGUUGUUGUAGCUUAUAACGACAGCAUCCGCCGAACGAGCGACGACAACGACUUUGCGCGAUCAUCGUUCGUUUCCUUCGUCCUAUCUCGGUCCUAUUUUCUUGCUUGUCUCAACUUUUCAUCUACCUUCGACUGGUUGUGCUUGUUUUGCACGCGCGGCGACAGUGGCAAUUCCUUGGUUCGCUGCCUAAUUUGAUUUAAACCAAGCAUUCAUCCAACCACUGUGUUGUCAAAGUACACGUGAAGCGCGCGGGGUGUAACUGCGGUGUGCCGGCCAAAGCUACGUAAAGCAAAAAAAAGAAGAAAAAAAUAAUCAAAUUAUUAAGUGUGCACCGUUCUGUGCGUUAAGUGGAAGAUAUUUGUGAUAAUACCAAAACACACGGGGCAACCGCGCGUGGGAAACGUGAUAGGUUCGGUAUAACUAGCUGCCAUUUUCGGCCGGUGGACCACCGUGAGAGGACCCACAGCAAAAUUGCAACGGUGUGACCCUCACGCUUCACUCCGCCACAAACACACGUCCAAUCAUGGAGUGCUGUCUGUCCGAGGAGGCCAAAGAGCAGAGACGUAUCAAUCAGGAGAUUGAGCGGCAGCUACGGCGAGACAAACGGGAUGCCAGGCGCGAGCUGAAACUGUUACUAUUAGGUACUGGUGAAUCUGGUAAAUCCACAUUCAUCAAACAGAUGCGUAUUAUCCACGGUAGCGGUUACUCGGACGAAGACAAGCGUGGCUUUAUCAAACUAGUAUACCAAAAUAUUUUCAUGGCAAUGCAGUCGAUGAUUCGAGCGAUGGACCUGCUAAAAAUACAGUACAGCGAUCCAGCGAAUAUCGAACAUGCGGAGCUGAUACGAAGUGUAGACUUCGAAACAGUGACCACGUUUGAACCGCCAUAUGUUCAAGCAAUCAAGGAUCUAUGGGCUGAAGCCGGCAUCCAGGAGUGCUACGACAGGAGGAGAGAGUACCAGCUAACGGAUUCAGCUAAAUAUUACCUUAUGGAAAUUGACCGUGUAGCGGCGCCCAACUAUCUUCCAACGGAACAAGAUAUUCUGAGAGUGCGUGUGCCCACGACGGGAAUUAUCGAGUAUCCUUUCGAUCUGGAGGAGAUUCGGUUUAGAAUGGUCGACGUCGGCGGACAAAGAUCUGAAAGAAGGAAAUGGAUUCACUGCUUCGAAAAUGUGACAUCGAUUAUCUUCUUAGUGGCGCUGUCCGAGUACGAUCAGAUUCUGUUUGAAUCGGAAAAUGAGAAUCGUAUGGAGGAGUCAAAAGCUUUAUUUAAGACUAUCAUCACGUAUCCAUGGUUCCAGCACUCGUCGGUGAUUUUGUUCUUAAACAAGAAGGAUUUGCUGGAGGAGAAAAUUAUGUAUUCGCAUUUGGUAGACUACUUUCCAGAGUACGAUGGACCACAAAGAGACGCAAUAGCUGCCAGAGAAUUUAUACUCCGUAUGUUUGUAGACUUGAAUCCAGAUUCGGAGAAGAUAAUCUAUUCGCAUUUCACAUGCGCAACCGAUACUGAAAACAUUAGGUUUGUGUUCGCUGCCGUAAAGGAUACGAUACUGCAGUCCAAUCUAAAGGAGUACAACUUGGUUUGAACUACAACGUCGUCUUCGUCAUGGUCAUCAUGUUCCCACCAUGGCCGCUAUCGGAUUAUCGCCUUUACUCUUUUCCUAGUAUGAGCAGCAACAGCAGCGCAGCCGUAGCCAGUAGUGUUGUGUAACAGUAGUGACAGUAGCCGACAGCAAUGUUUACCACCUCUUCUUCACUUCAAAACCUUUUCAACCAGCAACGAACAUCCGGAUGUGGGCUCGAUCACCAUUCAACACGCACUCGUUGCUGUGAGAACUUCGUUGCCAAAUUGAUCACAACAUCCUCAUCAACAUCCGCCGAAGGGAAAGGAAUUAGAGCGUAGGAAACUAAAAACAUUCGAUUGCUGCCAAAGUGGUUGGAAGAGAACUCUAACGCUACUCUUAUACUGUACAGAAAAUACUAGAAACGAAUCGCUAGGGGAAAGCUACCACAUAUUACCGAAAGACAAAUAUAUUCGCACACAGUUUAAAUCCAAAUAGUUCCAAUCGUUCAAAACUGUGGUAUUUAACUGGUUAUGGAUGAAACUUUCAUUGCUGACCCGAACGAGUGUAAUUUGAAUGUAGUGAAAAUUGAGAUUACGCCAUAACUUGCCAGAUUUUUGUACUUCCCGAGACUAAUUUCGCUCUAUCAAAACAUUACACCCCAUGCUUGAAAAAGAAAACACGGGAGGUUAAUGCGAUCUAAUCAAAUGAAAGUUUCCCUUCGUACGCUAAAACCAGUUAUAUUAUUAGUCACUUCUAGCGAGAGAACGAUAAAGCGUGACACAAUUUAAUCGUUUUGCUUUAUUCUGCACUGACGACAAACAAACUUUUGGGAAUAAAGUAAAAGUAGUUUUUGUGCAUUUCUUUAUACUGAUAGGAAAAAAAAAACAAUUUAGGUACAAGAAAAAAGAGCAAAACUUCAGAAAACAGGUGGGAUCAUGCUAAAACAAACAUAAACAAGCACACAAUGCAGGCACAUAAUAUUGUAACCGAAACGUUAGUUUUUCUUUUUGCGUCCUCUCGUUUUGUUAUUAAUCUUUGUUUUUUUUCACUUACUUAUCGUUUUAUCCGAGGAUUGCUGAAGCAUACGCGCAGUCAGCUGUUUUUUUAAUAAUGGCUUAGAUCAUAUUUAUUUAACUUCUCUUUUAAAUUAGAAUAUUAGUUUGUUGUACUAUGAAUUGUUUUCCCUGUAUAUUUCAUUCUGUUUUGUCAUGUUCGACAUGCUCUGUUUUGUGUUCUACUGAAUUGUCACGCAACACACGCAAACAUACCGCGAUAAUUUAGCACUUUUUUGCAGCCACACAAAGCGCAUGUAAUGCGCGAGAAAAAAUUAUUAAGUAACAAUCCGCACACCCACGCAUUCACGCAUACCUAAUAGGUACACGAAACCGCAUUAAACAAUGGAUGAAUGUUUAUAUAUUUAUACAUAUACAUAAAAGGAAAAAUAUACAAAAAGUAAUACUAUUUAUUCAACAAAACAAAUUUAGGAUUAUUUUGUCAACAUAUUGACUAUCAUCAAUAUUGAAUGUAUUCGGAAAUGGUUGCGUUUUUAAAGGAGAAUCGUAUCUGUCGGUAUAGGCCUUCGCGUUUUUUUCUGGCGGCGCUGAGAACCCCUCCGCAAUCUGGAAUUUCCAUGCCGUUGAGGGCGCCCCGCGAAGGGCAUCACACGACGGAAACCAAAAGUAUCCUUUCAGUCCCAAAAUUUAGUUGUAAUUUUUACGUGAAAAUAACUAUGACUGUGAGAUAAAAUAAUAAUCAUUUACACAUACUGUACUUGUAAUCAAUACUAACGGUUUACAUUGUUUUACUUUUUGUAUUUUUCGUAUGAAAAUAGAGAAAAAAAAUUAACCGUUAUGCAAUUCUGCAGGCUUCACCAUUAUUCAAUGUACAAUAUUAUUCGUAAACAAAAAAACUUAUUUCAUAUCAUUGACGUUUUCUUUUUUCUUAUUGUUUCUUGUAGCAGUGUUUUAUUUUUCAUACGACGAAUAUAGUUUAAUGUAUAUACAUUUGUUAUUGUGUUUUAGUUAUUUUUAUUUACAUUUUCUUCGAUUUUCUCGCGUUGUUUCGAUUGAGAUUUCGCUCAUUAUUUACAGCCGAAAGAUCAAUCUCCGGAGAAAGUUCAGUCAAAUUCGUACUAUCGAUUUUUAGGAGCAUCAUAUAAAAACGCACCGAUAAGAAGUAAAACGAGAUGGAUAAGCUUAAUUUGACCAUUACAUAAAGCCCAUUUUAAUGUGUACUAUUAUUAAUAAUUUUAUACUUAACAUUAAUGGUAUAUAAAUGAAAUUAACCAAUUCAUAUAACGCUUUCUUCUCGAGAAGGCGUAAUAAUGACCGUAGAGCAAAGCGAAUGAGAAAGUGUACAUAUUUCCCAGAAUUUCUGAGAACGUUUUAUGAAAUUACGAAAAGUUCGAUCAGAUCAGAACCCGUAUAGACUACACACAUCGGUGGCAUGCUCUUCAGUUCUUUGAUUGUGCAUUGUGCGUUGUUGUUACCACAGAAAAAAAAAUUGGAUCCUACUUUAGGGGACGAAAAGCGCAUAACUCGUAUAAUGCAAAUAAAACAACAAACUCGUAAGUGAAGAUAAAAAUCGCAUCACUCGCGUAACAGCGGUUUUCCCAAGAAAAUGGAAACAAAAGAUAGAAUAAAGCGUCACAUUCAAUUGUUACCACACUACCCAACAGACAGAAACAAUGAAAAAAGGAUAGCCACUAAGUUGGCACCAGCAAAUAUCGACCGGAUGCGCGUAGACAUUUGCUUUUUCAAUAAAAAAAACAAAAUAAGGAAACUAUUUAUAGGGAAGUCAUAGAGCAACGAAACAAGCUAAAAGUAAUUGCAGAACACAGAUCUUUUGCUCUAUUUUGUACGACACGAUGAAAACCCUUUCCGCGGUACGUAAAAAUAAAUGAAAAACAACAUAGACUUUAGAUAGUUAGAUAAAGUAAUUUUGAUUGGCCCGAAGAUACCAUGAAACUUGUGAUGGGUAAAAAUUCAGGUUAUCUUUUAUGUUUUAAUUUCUUCCUAACACGCGCAAAAGCAGCUGUCGAUAAAUUAUCGACUAAAGCAUUAUUAUUAUUCAAACUCAAGCGGCUUGAUUCAAAAUUUAAAAAAAAAUCAUUUUUGCACAAAGUUAUCUUCAUUCAAAAACGCUAAAAGGCAUCACUAAAGGUUGGUUCAUAAUUAGAAAAAGGAGCCAAUGUUAAAUUUUUCACACGAUUCGUCAGUCAGUCAAUAUUAAAAUGUUAUUUUAUAAUAACUUUCCGUAUCACCGUUUGGCUUUUGGUUUACUUCUUUUUUUCCUGCAGUCUCGUCCUUCCACUUUCAAUUUCACGUACCAGUCGAUCAUCUUUUUUAUUUAUUACCUUCACGCAUGGUUCAUUUUUAACGCUUGUUUUCUACCGUGAGCGAUCCCAUUCUUUAGAAGAACGUUUUCAAAUUGCGAUACUAUACACUGGACUGGAAGUCUAAAAUAAAAACAACUUGAGUGAAAAUGUCUUUUAGCAUUGUGUGCCAUUUUUUAUUGAAAAAUGAAAUCUCCUCUCUUAAGCGUUCAUUAAAAAGAAGUAGGUUGAUUAAGAAUCAAUAAUCUAACAAAAAAAAACUAUAACAUAAAAGCCAUUUACCCGCAAAAGAAAAUCUCUCCUUACUAUUACUAAUAUACAUUAUGAUUACCAAAUUGACGAAGCAAAACUAACAGUGAGUAGCAGCUGUAAACAUUUCAAGAACGACUAAAUUGGGUAUGUAAAAAGAGCAAAAAUUAAAGAAAGCUUGCAUAAAAUGGUUUGACAAGAACAAAUCACACUGCUAUUGAAGCGGUGUUUUUUUUUAAACAACACUUUGGUAAACCAUUUCCAGUGAAAGUCGGGAAAGUAACAUAAAAGAUCAACCAAUACAAAAAUCGAACACAAAUUGAAAAAGAAAAUACAAUUCGUAGUUUUGUCGCUAUGCUAGGGAGAACUCGCUAGAUUCGAAGUCCCGCAGUCAAACCGCCCAUUUGACUGCGGGACUUCGAAGUCGAGUUUCACAACGGUCGAAAAGCAUGAUUCUCAAGACUACCAACAGCUACCACCAUUUAUGACGUAGAACAAAUAUUCUACCCCGUAUGCUGCGUGCAGAUUAAAAUAUGCUAACGAAGCAGGAGAAGUCUAGUGAUUCAAUCUAUUAAUUGUACUACAAUUCGAAACAAGCAACAGGCAGCAACUUAAAUAACAAACAAAUACUGAUGACUACUGGACGGAACAGUACCUUUUAAUGAACGGAGAUAUAUACGACCAACAUUCAUGGAAUGGAAUAUGGAAUCGCAAAUGAAAUUGUUUUAUUUAGCCAUGAACGUAGCAUAGUAAGAAAACCGUAAAAAACUAACACAUCCUAUUCUUUCAUUGUUCAUAGAGAAACAACACGAAAUAUUUCAAAUUAACCAUCGAUUCCCUGAACGGAACAUUCUAGCAUGAUACAUUGUUAUAUGUUGUGAACUCAGUCGAGAUAGCAGUCCACCGGAUCAUACUUACUUUGGCUCAUGAUUCCAUAGUUUCCUCCAAACUAAUCGGUCACCACCAUUGAGAGGACAAACACACAUGCCUACCAGAAUGCAGAGGCAAACGAGAUGCAGUUGCAAUAAGUAGCGAACAGAUUAAAAAUUAAUGGGGAAAACCAAAUUAUCCGACUUAAACGGUUCUCGCAGCAUUAUUCGCAAAGCGAGAAAGCACAGAAAAAAGGAAAUAAGCAAACGAGGAAACAAAAACACAUGCUCGAAAUUGAGGAUGCAAAAAUGAGCAAAACAAAAAAUUCAAAAGUCCUUUCUUGAUAUAAUAAAUAAACAUUAAAUUAAUCUAUGAUAUGGAAAACACUACAAAAUAAAUAUAUAUUUAUGUUUUUAAUUAUAUUUAAACACAACAAAAGGAAGAACACACAAAAAAGGAAAAGAAAAAUGAGAAAUGUGGAAGUGCAGAAUAAAAUAAUUAUUAUAAAAAAUGAGUAAAAUAAUUAUAAAUAAUAUAAUAUAAUUGUGUAAACUAAUGGCUGGAAUUUA